AAUAUUUUUCCACUAGCUUUCCACAACUAGGUAUAUAUAAAUAAUGCUGUUUAGCUGCACUCUUAGUCACUUCAUAACAGUGGCUCAGUAAAAAUCUACACCAAUAUGGUGAAAUCAACGGGUUUAUUGUUGCUGUGCAUAUACUUAACACUGCAGCACAUAGCCGCCCAACCGUUUCAGGCGGACACAAAGUUAAAUGAAUUGCAGCAACCCCACAUAACCAAAACGAAUGAAGCCAGUUUUGUGCAAGCGCUCGAGCCAGUGAUUGUCGCAACGCUCGAUGGCGUAGACAAAUAUUUCAAUACGCUCAUAGCGGAGUCUGCGCGAUUCGUUGCCGACUUGCUGAAGGAGCUGAAAGCGCUGCCCGCGGACGACGCAUACGUUCGAGCGCUUACACCGCGCUUGACCAGUAUGCUGGAGCGUUUGAGUGCUGCGCCUUCAAAUGACAGAAAUUCACUGAUCAGGGACAUCGGCGAUAUGUAUGCCGAAUUCGACAACAUACUACAUAGCAAAGACGAGGACAGUAAGGCUAGCGUUUUGAAGAAAGUGCUUGAUAAAUUGCAGUUGCUCGAGCUGAAUUGGCGUGUGCACAGCGCCGUGGAUGAUGCGGUGCGGAAAUUCCGCAGAGCUUUCGAGCAGUUUUGGGAUACGCUAAGUGAUGCUCAGCAAAGGCAGCACCAGCGCUUGGCUGAUUGGUAUGAGCACUUUAAAGCGGGCGAAAGUAGUAAGGAUCAAUUAACGGGGUUGAAGGAAUUUCUACAGAUGGCACUCGAGCUAGUGCCGAUAAAUCAAAAUUGAAUAACUCUCGCAAAAUAGCUGCCGAAUUUUUAGCGUUGAAUAAGCUUAAGUAAGCUUUGAAUGCUUUGAUAAGCUUUUUGUUUAUAAUAUUUAACGAAUAUUAAAAUUUAAGAAAUAAAUUCCUUUCUAACUUUGAAUUUGA